AUGUUAAAUAUGAUUAGUAUGAUGUUGAGGAAACUUCUUAAUUUCUUCAUUCAUAUUUAUCAUCACAGCGCGAUGUAACAUCGGAUCAUUCAAAACUCAAAAGUGAAUCUUACUAAAGAGUUCUUAGAGAAGUCGGUUAAAAAUCAUAGAAACAUGUGGGAUAGAAUUAUAGAAUAUUUAAAGGAUCCUCUGCUGGUUGUGAAGGUACAGAACUUUUUCGGUGUAAUCUACAAGAAAAGUAACCAGACCAAUGAAACUUCUAUAGUUCAAUCCGAUAGACAAGAAGCAGCGGAAGAAAUAGAUUUGAAGCAACACAAGAGGUUCCCUAGUGAUACAUCUGGAACGUCCCAGUCCUCUUGCGACACCGAUACGUCUAGCGAGACCCAAGAGGAAGUCUUAUGUCACGUAAACAAUAAGUUUUGGUACUACUUGUUCGUGCUGGGAACAGCUUUAGGUGAUGAAAUAUUUUACGCGACCUUCAUACCGUUUUGGUUUUGGAACAUCGAUGGAGCUGUCGGCCGUAGGGUGGUUUUAGUAUGGACUAUUGUUAUGUAUAUAGGUCAAGGUUUCAAAGACAUAAUAAGAUGGCCAAGACCCGGUUACCCAGUGAAGAAACUUCAAGAGAAAUGGGCUAUAGAAUAUGGAAUGCCGUCAACUCAUGCUAUGGUCGGUGUGUCAAUACCAUUCUCGGUACUGCUGUAUACCAUGGAUAGGUAUCAGUACCCGGUACAUUGGGGCCUGGUUGUCGCAGUAGCCUGGUGCACUCUGAUCUGUGUUAGCCGAGUCUAUUUAGGAAUGCACAGUGUUUUGGACAUAGCAGCGGGUCUGAUACUUGCUUCAGGAUUACUGAUGGUUCUGAUACCAUUGGUAGACAGAUUUGACCACUUCAUGCUAAUGUCAAAGUGGUGCAUACCACUGGUAGUGAUUCCUGUCUCCAUACUGGUCAUUGUAUUCUAUCCCCAAUCCGACAAAUGGACACCUACCAGGGGUGACACAACAAUGAUCGUGAGCGUCUGUGCCGGCAUUUUGACGGGCUCAUGGUGUAACUAUCAACUGGGGAACAUGGUGGCUUCAACCCAGGAACCUCCGUACGAGAUACAAGGCUUAUCGCUGGAUAUGUUCGGAUGUUUGUUACUGCGGACGAGUCUAGGCUUCUGUGGUGUGGUAGCAACCAGAGCGCUAGCUAAGUCAGUGUCUUACGCGUUCGUAUGUGCGCUGCUAGGCCGCGAUAAGAAUGAAUUACGUCAUUCUGCUAACACCCUUCAAAAUUGGAACAAAAUUGUAGUAGAGUGCAGUUAUAAAUACUUCACGUAUGGUCUUAUCGGUUUUAAUACGACAUAUGUGUUCCCAAAUGUUUUUGAUUUGUUGAAGAUCAACCGACCCACAUAUUACACAGAGAUAUAAAAAAUACUUUUUAUACAAAUGCUGCCAAAAUGUUCAUCCAAUAGUGUUAAUUUUUAGUCUAAUUUUAUGUUUUAUUGUUGAACAACACUGUUUCUAAUAAUAAGACACGAUUUUUUUGUUAUAUUUACGUGGCUUAGGUAUUUCAUAAUAUUUGUUUUUUAUGUUACUUGUUGUAAGUAUAAAAUAAAAAAAUAAAACUUCCUGCCAGGUAAAUUGCAGGGUUCCAAGUAGUAAUAGAGAAAUGUUUAAGGGUCCAGUAUACAAUUUGAGAUUGUAAAGUUUAUUAAAUAUUUAAGUGUAAUAAUUCUAAAUAUCAUUCAUUUCAUCAAAGGCCUAAUGUUAAUACAGGAACUUUAGGUAUUA